AUGUGGUGGAUCCUUCAGGCGUGUCUAUUUCUCUCGAUCUACGGCUGUUUGAGUCAAACCGUCGACUCCGAAACCGAUAUCGUUAAUUCGCCGGAAAAUGCGGCGCCGCCUCCACCGUCUCCGCUCGACGAUUGUGAUCCGGAAAUGAUCGGAUUCGAAUUAAUAACCGGUAACGUGUUUUCGGCACCCGGAUACGUUUUGGAUUCCAUACCGGGAACGUUGAUGUUGACCGAUUGUUUAGAAACCUGUCAAGGAAACGAAAGCUGUCAAAGCAUCAAUUACGAAACGGGAUUAUGCGUGCUAUUCAGUUCGACAGCUGACGCCUUACCCGGUGCAUUGACUCGUUCCCAAUUUCCGGUAUUUACCAUUUACGCCCAAAAAAGCUGUCUUGGAGUGAAACCUUGCGAAAGAGCUUGGUGCAUAGAUCGCGUCCAAAACCAUCGAUUAAUCGGUUAUGUUAAUAGUCAGCACGCAGUUGGAUCCCGCCAAGAAUGUCUCGAAUUGUGUUUAGGAGAAAACGAAUUUUCUUGCAGAUCGGCCAAUUACAACAACGUUUCCGGAAUAUGCGAACUAUCGAAAAUGGACCGUAUGACGGUAGCUGGUAGUACUGCGUUCCAACCAUCGGACGAUUACGAAUACAUGGAGAACAAUUGCAUAGACGAACCCACCAAAUUAUGCGAAUUCAAAAAAUUAUCCGGUCGCAUUUUGAAAACCGUUGAUUCCGUUUACCAAGACGUCGGAUCGGCGGACGAAUGCAGGGAAUUGUGUUUGAACAGUCCCUACAGAUGUCAUUCGUACGAUUACGGCGAUACCGGCGAAAUGGUAUGCAGAUUGAGCCAUCAUUCCAGAGCAACUCUAUCCGAUAUCCAGGAACCUUACUUAGAAGUACCGGAAGCAGCUACAUACGAAUUAAGCUCCUGCUACAACGUCAGCAUCGAUUGCAGAUCCGGAGACAUGAUAGCGCGUAUCCAAACCAGUAAACUCUUCGACGGUAAAAUCUACGCUAAGGGCAGCCCGAAUUCGUGCGUCAGAGACGUUAACAACAGUCUGGAAUUCGAACUCAACAUGCCCUACGACAAUUUAGAAUGUAACGUUAGGAAAAACGGUUUGGGAAGAUACAUCAACGACGUCGUCAUUCAACAUCACGAUAAAAUCGUAACCAGUAGCGAUUUGGGAUUGGCAGUUACCUGCCAAUAUGAUUUGACCAAUAAAAGCGUUACCAACGAAGUGGAUUUGGGAGUCGUCGGUGAUAUUACUCCGGCGCUUUCCGAAGAGGUAACCGUCGAUUCCCCGAACGUGGCGAUGAAAAUAACCAACCGAAACGGGGAAGAUAUCAUGCAAUCGGCCGAAGUGGGAGAUCCUUUGGCGCUAAAAUUCGAAAUCAUGGACAAAAACAGUCCGUACGAAAUUUUCGUUAGAGAAUUGGUUGCCAUGGACGGCGUAGAUUCGAGCGAAAUUAUUUUAAUCGACGCCGACGGUUGCCCCACCGAUCAUUUCAUCAUGGGACCCAUCUACAAGUCCGCAUCUACGGGAAAAAUUUUGCUUUCUCAUUUCGACGCAUUCAAAUUCCCUUCGUCGGAAGUGGUACAAUUCAGAGCUUUAGUGACUCCUUGCAUGCCGACCUGCGAGCCCGUUCAAUGCGACGAAGAAGAGCCGAACGGCGAACUACGUUCCGUCAUUUCGUACGGUAAACGCCGGAGACGUCGUUCGACAACUUCGGCCCAAGAAGAUUUAUUAUUGGUGCAAUCCAUACAGAUCACGGAUAAAUUCGGUUUCGAUAAAAACGCCAACAAAACGUCCGACAGCGAAGCCGUUUAUAUUCAAAACGAAGGAGGUUUCUGUAUAAACUUGGCUGGACUUAUCGUGGCGGCGACCGUUUUCUUAUCGACGCAAUUAGCCGUCAUCGCCGCUUGGACCUUCAUCUGGCAACGUAGGAAGCUGGUUAACAAAUUAGACGACAAUUUAUCGGUUAGUGUGAGUUUACCGUCUCAUUUUGGUAGCAACCGCACCGAUAGUCUUUGCAAGUUGUAUGAUACCAACGCUUAUAAUCAUUCUCGCAGAUUCUAG